AUGAGCGGCUAUCAUAAUGGCCACUACGGGGGAACUACUUCCCCCUACGGUAAUGGUAAUAAUGGAAAUCCCAACGCAUACUACGGAAACAACACCUACGGAUACGGAGAAGAAAUGGUCGAAUUCGACGUGCUGAAUCAUGGUCAUGGCCAAAACGAUGCGGCUUACAUGAAUAGUGUGAAUAUGAACGACCACUACGACCCAAAUGAACGGCAUAUCGGCAGGUCGCCGCCCAAACCCAUCAGACCGGGUUUGCAACCAGCUGACGAUUUUGCAUCCCCUAUGGGGUCGCCUCUGGGGACUCCCGGUGGUCAAAUGGGCUGGCCACUGCCGACAAGAAGAGGUCAUGACCGUCAUGUCGACUCGUUUGCUAGUGUGUCGAGCACACCCGCCGGCUCUCGCUCAGCUACUCCUGCAUUUUAUCAAAAUAACCAAAGCUUCCAAAGCCACCAGAGUCUUGCGGCGCUUGUCGACCAACCUCCGUCGCCCCUCUACUCAAAAGAUUGGGUUCAACAAGGCUCGAUCGCACGCGUCGCUGACCGCGACGAUGUUGAUAUCUGGAAAGGUUGGCGGCGAUAUGUGUACAUGCUCGUGCCGUUUUUGACUUUUGGCAACACGGCCAUCUAUAUCUUUUAUCUUGGCUUGCGUAUUACGUGUGUUAUUCUCGCUCAGAAUGCAGCCAACCAGACGUAUGCUGGUGCUUGGGUGUUUAUUGCGUUGGAACUUGCGACUGCUAUCCCAUCUAUGAUGCACAAUGCGUGGACUAUGUGGGCGUUGAAGGGCCGACAGCGCCCUAAGCUGCGACUUACGGGAGACGAUUGCCCGAAUGUGGAUGUUUUUAUUACGUGCUGUGGUGAGGACGACGAGGUUGUCAUUGACACUGUCCAUGCUGCGGCCGAUCAGGAUUAUCCUUUGGACAAAUUCAGGGUUAUCGUUUUGGAUGAUGCCAAGUCGUCCAGCCUCGAGGCAUCGGUUCGCCAGUUGGCGCUGACAUACCCGAAUGUGCACUACAUGGCGCGCACAAAAAUCCCUGGUGUUCCUCACCACUUCAAGGCUGGUAACCUCAACUACGGUCUGGAACAGACUCGUCUGAUGCCGGGUGGCGCCGGUCAAUUCAUGGCCGCCUUGGAUGCUGAUAUGAUCCCCGAACAACAAUGGCUCCGCGCUACGCUCCCUCACUUGCUGAUCGACCCCAAGAUGGCCCUUGUCUGUCCCCCCCAGCUUUUCUACAACUGCCCACCUGCCGAUCCCUUGGCACAGAGCUUGGACUUUUUCGUGCAUGUCAUCGAGCCCAUCAAGGAUGCUCUCGGCGUCGCCUGGUGUACUGGCUCUGGUUAUGUUGUUCGCCGGGAAGCUCUUGAUGACAUUGGUCAAUUCCCUCUCGGAUCGUUGGCUGAGGACGUUGCUACUUCGACGUUGAUGCUUGGUAAAGGAUGGAGGACUGCAUACAUUCACGAGGCCUUGCAGUAUGGUACUGUUCCGGAAGAUUAUGGCGGUCACUUGAAGCAGCGUACUCGAUGGGCUAUUGGUACUGUUGACACUGCGUUCAAGCUCAAGUUUUGUCUCUGGGGUGACGCCAUUAAGGAAAUGUCCUUUGCUCAGCGAUUCUCUGGUUUCUUGUACGCCACUCUCAGUCUGUACACCAUUUUGCUCACUGCAUCCCUUUUCGCUAUUCCUAUCAUCCUGAUCUGGGGCCGACCACUUGUUGCAUACGCUACCAACGAACAACUGAAAUAUCUGAUUUGGGCCUGCUUCGCGUCAACCAUGAGCAACCGUCUGUGCGAGUUUGCCUUGUUCAUUCCCGCUGGCUACCACACCGGUCAACGCGGUUCCCGCUACGGCAUGUGGAUGUCCCCGUACUUGGCAUUGUGCAUCAUCCGCUCUUUCUUCCUCCCCAAGUGGCUUGGAGGUCAAACCCAAGCGUUCAAGCCCACGGGUUCCUUGGGAUCUGCAUUGGAAGAGCGCGACCCCAAACGUCGCAAGGGCAUGGUCCGUCGUCUGUGGACCAUUCUCGUGAACUACAUGGCCAUGUUCCACUUUGCGUUCGUCUACCUGACCAUCGUCGCUGUGUGCCUGUCCUCGUAUCGGUGCUUCUUCCAGAACGACCCCAACAACUUCAAGAACGUUUUCCUCUGCUUGAUCACGCACGCCUUCUGGCCACCAGUUACAUUCUUGUUCGUGAUCACCUCGCUCUGGACACCCAUCGCCUACGCCAUUGAUCCACCUUCAAUGCCCGACCGCGAGGAUUUGCUCAAGCGUGACCCCAAAACCGGAGUUGCGCACCCCACACCCGAAAGUAAGAAGAUCGCCUUUGCGGGACAGGAAGCUUGGUUCGAGUUCGAAUACACCUUCGCCACUCUGUUUACCAUCUUCGUCUUUGUCUAUUCUUUCUUCUACAUCUGA